GUAAAACAGAAAAGAAGAAGAAGAUGCGGCGCAUGCGCGAAAAAAUCGAAUGACACGGCCGUUAGCAUUUUAGCAUGCAUUUUAGCAUUUAGCAUUUCUAAAGUUUGUUAGUGUGCUCGCCACAAGACACCAAAAUGUUGAAAGAGUUGGUAAAAGAGCGACUAAUGGCGGCAGCUGAUGAAAUAUUCGCGCUGUUUGAAAGCACGAUAACGUCGUACGAGGAGGAACUUUCUCGAACGAGAGAGGAGAAGGAGCAACAUCGACAACAACUGGAAGCUGCUCGCAAAACUCAAAUUGUGCUACACGUUGAAGAUGUCCGGCAGCUGAUUGGUCGUCAAGAAGAAUGUCCCUUUAUACCACAGGAUGAAAGCUCCAAUUUCAAGCAGGAUGAUCCACAGCCCCACCACCUUAAAUACUGUAUCAGCCAGUCAGGAGAAGAGUGUCUUCUGGGGCCACAGGAGGCUGAUCUCACCAACUUACCUCUGACUGGUUUCUCCGUGAAGACAGAAGACCAUGAAGACAAACCACAAGUCAACAACCUCUUUGCUCCUCUAUCAGAUAGUGACGACAUAAUGUCACACUCUGCUGAGGAUGAAAACGUGGACUACACCCAAGAACCUUUGAGCAGCGAUACAGACUGUGAAGAUGGUAUGAGGACUCACACUGACAACCAACACCCUGAAUGCUCUGAAAAGAACACAGACGUCCGGCAGCUGAUUGGUCAUCAAGAAGAACGUCCCUUUAUGCCACAGGACGGAAGCUCCACUUUGAAGCAGGAGUAUCCACAGCCCCCCUACCUUAAAGACUGUAUCAGUCAGUCAGGAGAAGAGUGUUUUCUAGGACUGCAGGAGGGUGAUUUCACCAACUUGCCUUUGACUGGUUUCUAUGUGAAGACAGAAGACCAUGAAGACAAACCACAAGUUGACCACCUUUUAGCUCCUCUAUCAGGUAGUGACGACAUUACAUCACACUCUGCUGAGGACUACACCCAAGUACCUUUGAGCAGCCAUACAGACUGUGAGGGUGAUAUGAGGACUCACACUGACAACCAACACCCUGAAUGCUCUGAAAAGAAGACAUGUAAAAAAGAUUUUAGGGCUAAAAUGUUUUGUAAAAAAAGUAAUGCUCAACACAUGAGAACACACAUGCAAGAGAAACCUUUCAGAUGCUCAGUUUGCGGCAAUACAUUUUCUCAGAAGGCCACGCUGAUUUUGCAUAUGAGAACACACACAGGAGAAAAACCUUUCCAAUGUUUAGUUUGUGGCAAUACAUUUUCUUUGAGGCACAACCUGAAACUACACAUGAGAACGCACACAGGAGAAAAACCUUACAUUUGCUCGGUUUGCUGUAAAAAGUUUUCUCAGAAAUCUAAUUUGACUGUGCACAUGAGAACACACACGCAAGAAAAACCUUUCAAAUGCUCAGUUUGCUGCAAAACAUUUUCUCUGAAGGGCACUUUGACUGCACACAUGAGAACACACACGCAUGAAAAACCUUUUAUAUGUUCAUUUUGUGGAGAUAAAUUUGCUCAGAGGGCCAACCUGAAAUUUCACAUGAGAAAACACACUGGAUGAAAACCUUUCAGUAGUCCACUUUGUGAUGAAUGUUAUUCUGAAGAGCAAAGUUUAACAGCACAAAUGUCGGCACACAACGGAGAAUAAAUGUGUUCCUGUCCAGUUUGUGCGCUAAGAUUGUCAAAUUAUAGAAGUAGAAUGCCUUGUAUGAAAAAUAGCAGUAGUAGAAGUAGUAAUAGUCAUAACAGGUUUUUUUUUAUAUAUAUAUACUUAAAGGGGAACAUUAUCACAAUUUCAAAAGGGUUAAAAACAAUAAAAAUCAGUUCCCAGUGGCUUGUUGUAUUUUUGAAGUUUUUUUCAAAAUUUUAACGGUCCCCGAAUAUCCCGAAAAAAAGCUUUAAAGUGCUUGAUUUUCGGUAUUUGCAAUCCGACUAUUCAUUUCCCUGUGACGUCAUACAGUGCUGCCAAUUUAAACAAACAACGGCGAAUACCACAGCAAGAUAUAGCGACAUUAGCUCGGAUUCAAACUCGGAUUUCAGCGACUUAAGCGAUUUAACAGAUUACGCAUGUAUUGAAACAGAUGGUUGGAGUAUGAAAGUAUUGAAGAAGAAACUGAAGCUAUUGAGCGAAUAGCUAUUGACGCUAUUCAUAGCCAUAGCAUGGCCGAUUAGCUGCGUUAGCAUCGCCGGUAAAAUGUGCGGACCAAACGAUCAGGACUUUCGCAUCUCGUGACACUAGAGCAACUUAAAUCCUUCGAUUGGUAAGUGUUUUUUUUCGCAUUAAAUGUGGGUGGAAGUAAACGUUAUAUAGUUGCAAAUGCAUCUGCAGGUUAUCCAUACAUCUCUGUGCCAUGUCUGCUUUAGCACCGCCGGUAAAUAGCAUGUUAGCAUCGAUUAGCAUAGCAUGUUAGCAUCAAUUAGCUGGCAGUCUACAUCAACAAAACUCACCUUUGUGAAUUCGUUGACUUUAUAGUUGCAAAUGCAUCUGCAGGUUAUCCAUACAUCUCUGUGCCAUGUCUGCUUUAGCACCGCCGGUAAAUAGCAUGUUAGCGUCGAUUAGCAUAGCUUGUUAGCAUCGAUUAGCUGGCAGUCACGCCGCAACCAAAUAUGUCUGACUAGCACAUAAGUUAACAUCAACAAAACUCACCUUUGUGAUUUCGUGGAAUUUAUCGUUGCAAAUGCAUCUGCAGGUUAUCCAUACAUCUCUGUGCCAUGUCUGUCAUUGCCGGUUAAAUGUGGAGACACUUUGGUACAUUCAAUGGGGGUCUGGCGGCAGACACUUUCGCAUCUUCGGGCCAGUGGUGCAACUUGAAUCCCUCCCUGUUAGUGUUGUUACACCCUCCGACAACACACCAACGAGGCAUGAUGUCUCCAAGGUUCCAAAAAAUAGUCGAAAAAACGGAAAAUAACAGAGCUGAGACCCGGUGUUUGUAAUGUGUUGAAAAUGAAAAUGUAUUACCUCGGAGACGUCAUGUUCUGACGUCAUCGCAAAAAGAGCGAUAAACAGAAAGGCGUUCAAUUGGCCAAAAUUCACCCAUUUAGAGUUUGGAAAUCGGUUAAAAAAAUACAUGGUCUUUUUUCUGCACCAUCAAGGUAUAUAUUGACGCUUACAUAGGUCUGGUGAUAAUGUCCCCCUUUAAUAUUCAUUGGGAUUUGUAUAAUAUACACAGACUUGGUUGGGAACAAAUAUAUAGGUAUCUAAACUGGAAAAAAAAUGUGUAUAAUUACAUUUUGUUUAAAAUUUAAAAAAUAAUUAAAAAAUUAUAAAAACAGUAUUAACAAUAUUAGAUACACGUAACAGAACAUACUUGUGGGAUCAAUAUAUGUUUUCUUUACACUAGCUUUCUUAUCUAAAAGGUGGUUCUUUACCAAGAAUAAGUAUUUUGAUUUUUUUUUUUUCUAAAUAAAUUAUCCACUUCAACCAUCUUUUCUUGAACAGGUCUUCCAUAUUAUGUAGUUUAUCAGUCAUUUUUGUGUUUGGAUCUAUUUAGUGUUGAUUAUCUCACCUCGGUCUCUUGCCACCAGACAAACCUGGACCUGAGCUUAACCCAGGCUGAUAAUAAUUGUUCAUAUCUGUCAUUUACACGCAUACUUGCCAACCCUCCCGGAUUUUCCGGGAGAGUCCCGAAAUUCAGUGCCUCUCCCGAAAACCUCCCAGGACAAAAUUUUGUCCCGAAAAUCUCCCGAAAUUCAGGCGAAGCUGGAGGCCACGCCCCCUCCAGCUCCAUGCGGACCUGAGUGAGGACAGCCUGUUUUCACGUCCGCUUUCCCACAAAUGACGUUAUAACUGUAGAAUGAUCAAGGGCGAGUUCUUGGUUUCUUAUGUGGGUUUAUUGUUAGGCAGUUUCAUUAACAUCCUCCCAGCGCGGUAACAACACACAACAACAGCAGUCACGUUUACGUCUACCGUAAAGCAUUUCGUCUGCCGUAGACCGCAAUGUUGUGACACUCUUAAACAGGACAAUACUGCCAUCUACUGUACAUGCAUAUGGUUAGAAAAAUAGUGACAGAGAAUAGAACAAGGAUGGAAAAUUCAACCCUUAACUCAACAAUGAGUAGAUGAGUGUUGUGUGUAUUUGUGUAAAUAAAUGAACACUGAAAUUCAAGUAUUUGUUUUAUUUAUAUAUAUAUAUAUAUAUAUUAAAAUAAAUGUAUACAGUAUAUAUAGCUAGAAUUCACUGAAAAGUCAAGUAUUUCUUAUAUAUAUAUACAUAUAUAUAUAUAUAUAUAUAUAUGAUACUUGACUCUUAACCACGCCUCCCACCCCGACCACGCCCCCCACCUCCCGAAAUUGGAGGUCUCAAGGUUGGCAAGUAUGUUUACACGUCACUUAGAUAGUGAUGAUCUGUUGUGUGUAUGACACCAGAUUCCCUCGUGAGUUCCAGGUUAGAGUGCCACUAAGAACAGCAGCUACAUUAUUUUAGAUCAACUCUGAAGCAAAUAAACAAUGUUGACUAACAUGUUCAGACAGUCUGAUUGUUGGAGGACAACAUGGAUGGAGUUUUCCCUCACUUCAAAAGUGUGUUUGUUAUGUUGUCUCUCUUUAUGAUGGCACCAAUCAUUUCAUUCUUGAAGAACCUUUAUUAUGUUAUCGGUCUCACCCUUUCCUUCUUUGCCUUCUGGAAGACUCUUGUUAUUUCUGCCGGCCUCUGAUGUGUUUGUAUGAAGCCUGGUACAUGAAAUGUGCUUUGCUGUUUUCAAAAAUAUUAAUUAAAAAAAAAAAAGUGCAGUAUACAUUUAAUACGGUGACACUGAUUUUGUUACAUCAGGGGUGUCCAAAGUGCGGCCCGGGGGCCAUUUGCGGCCCACAGGUAAUUUUUUAACGGCCCCACAGCACAUUUUAAAAAACGAUUGAAAAAUGUUUAAAACGUAAAAGGUGAUAUAAAGGAGCAAACGGGUGAAAUGUAACAAGAAAAUGUUGCAAUGUUUACUCUAAUAACACAAAGCUGCCAUGCAGGCUGUUUCUUUCUUUAAAAAAUAAUAAUGAAUCAAAAUCAAUGUCAUUAUGAAUUAUUGACAUAUUCAAGGCUCCAAUUAUGUCACUUUAAAUAUUCCACUUUGAGAUAUUUUAUGAGGUAAAUGUAGCAUAUUUUGUGUUUUCCAUAUAAAAAACUGAGCUGUUUUUUUUUUUUUAAAGAAAGGCCUAAAAACAAACAAAAAAUAUAAACAACAAUAAAACUUAUAAUUGACGGAUAGAUCUGAAGUUGAUCUCGAGAUUAUUGUGUUAAAAGUAAACGGUAAAAAAAUGUAUAGUUUAUUUUUGAACACUUUAAUGAGUAGGACCCUUUUGAAUCCCCAAUAAUUUUAGUGUGAUUUCUUUUUAAGUGUCAUUGCUCAAAAAAAAAUUAUGAAUUAAAAUCAAUGGUGUUAUUAGUUAUGGACUUUUUUAAGGCUCCAAUUCUUAUAUAAUCUAAAAUAUUCCACUUAAAAAAUAUUGAGUGAUAAUAUUGCAUAUUUUGUGGGGGGGUUUUCCCAUCAAAAAACAUUGUUUUCUUUGACAAAAAGAGCAUACAACUUAAAUCUUUAAAAUCAUUAUAUUGACAGACGGACCUAAAGUUGAUCUGGAGAUUUAAAACUUAAAUAAUAAUAAAACAAAAUAAUACUGAAUAAUGACAAAUUUUUUAUAUUUUUUUGACCAAAACCCUUUGGGGUCCCUGGGAUCAAGCCUGAUUGGAGGCCUAAAUGUAUAUUGGUUGUACGGAUAUUGUAUUGGUUUUUAAAAUUUAAAAAAAUGUCAAAAUGGCCCCCGCUUGCUUUGAUUUUUCAGUAUGCGGCCCUCAGUGGAUAAAGUUUGGACACCCCUGUGUUACAUACUGUUAAAAUCAACAUUUUACUCGUAUAGUGUUGAAACACGAGAGAGAAGCAUGCCAGUUUCUAGAUACAGACGCCAUACUGUAACAAAUCGAAAAUAACUGGAAAAUAGCAACAUUGUGUUUGUUUCAGGUUGAAUCCUGCGUGUUGGACUCAAAAGUGCAGCUCUUUGUUCCCCAGCUGUCGUCUUUGAUUGAUUGAUUGAAACUUUUAUUAGUAGAUUGCACAGUACAGUACAUAUUCCGUAAAAUUGACCACUAAAUGGUAACACCCGAAUACGUUUUUCAACUUGUUUAAGUCGGGAUCCACCUUAAUCAAUUCAUGGUACAUGGUCUUAAGCUCUAAUGCCGCCACAAUAUGGCAGCAAUGCAAUUCAUGGAUGUUUCGGCUGCUGUAAAACCUCCAUCGAAGAAAAACAAGGCAGACAUUUCUGGGGGGUUUUACCGAUUUACUCAUAGACUGUCUAUAAGUCUAGUGCAGAGGUCUUCAACAGACCCCUCAGGCGUCCGCAGAGGUACUGCAGGGGGGUAGAGGACUAUUUGGUUGAUUAGACUUUAAAAAUGAAAUAAAAAAUUAUAACCAGUGAAGUUUGCAGGUUGUGUAAAUGGUAAAUAAAAACAGAAUACAAAGAUUUGUGAAUCCCUUUCAACUUAUAUUCAAUUGAAUAGCCUGCAAGGACGACAUAUUUAAUGUUCCAACUGAAAAACUUUGUUUUGCAAAUAAUAAUUAUCUUAGAAUUUAAUGGCAGCAACACAUUGCAAAGGGGCAUUUUUAUCACUGCGUUACAUGGCCUUUCCUUUUAACAACACUCAGUAAACGUUUGGGAACUGAGGGGACCAAUUUUUUAAACUUUUCAGGUGGAAUUCUUUCCCAUUCUUGCUAAAUGUACAGUUUAAGUUGUUCAACAGUCAGGGGUCUCUGUUGUGGUAUUUUAGGCUUCAUAAUGCGCCACACACUUUCAAUGGGAGACAGGUCUUAACUACGAGCAGGCCAGUCUAGUACCCGCACUCUUUUACUACGAAGCCACGCUGUUGUAACACAUACAGCAUUGUCUUGCUGAAAUAAGCCAUGAUAACGUUGAUUGGAUGGCAACAUAUGUUGUUCCAAAGCCUGUAUGUACCUUUCAGCAUUAAUGGUGCCUUUUUAGUGAGUCUUGGUCUGCGUUUUGUUUUUGUUUUUUUAAAUAAAAGACACUGCACCAUG